AUGUCCGCAACCACACUGAAACUGAAGAGCUUGCUCGAAAGCCACAUCUCCCCCUUGUCCUUCCAGCACUCGGCGUACGACCCUCUCCUGAAGGCCAUCGGUAAUGCGCAGGUGGUUCUCAUUGGGGAUGGCUCGCAUGGGACCUACGAGUUCUAUGCCCACCGUGCCAAUCUCACCAAACGCCUCAUCGAGGAGCAAGGCUUUACGGCGGUAGCUGUAGAAGCUGAUUGGCCGGACGCGCUGAGGAUAAACAGAUACAUCCACGGCGGCGCCAUCGAGGGCGGCUCGAUCAAGUCGGCUCGCGAUGCCCUACGCGACUUUGAAAGGUUCCCCAAGUGGAUGUGGAAGAAUGAGGUCAUGCCGCCGUUCAUCCAGUUCCUGAGAGAGCACAAUAACCGCGUCAUGAAGACGACCGGGGACGCAUACAAUAAGGUCUCGCUCUAUGGCAUGGACCUCUACUCCCUGCACCGCUCUGCCCAAGCCGUCAUCCAGUACCUCGAGCGAAUUGACCCAGAAGGCGCCAAGAAGGCGCGCAAGAAGUACAACUGCUUUGAGCGAUUCGGCGAGGACACCACCCGGUAUGCUCUCGAGACGCAGUUUGGCCUGGCGAAGGACUGUCACGCCGAGGUCAUCUCAAAUCUAAGGACCCUGUUGCUGAAUCACAGGAAGUACAUCGAAGAACAAAGCGAUGGACACUACGGCCACCCUGCUGAGGAGCAAUUCUUUGCCGAGAUGAAUGCACUAGUUGUGAAGGACGCCGAGGAGUACUACCGCACUAUGAUGCUGGAGGACACGCGUAGUUGGAACCUAAGCGUUGUUCGAUCAAGGGACGACCAUUUUGCUCGGACGCUUGUGAAUAUCGCAAAUUAUCUGGGUUCCACAGACGUGGACGGAAGCUCUACACCGGCGAAGAUCAUAGUCUGGGCACAUAAUUCGCAUAAUGGCGACGCUAGAGCGACGGACAUGGGCAGGCGAAGAGGGGAGAUCAAUGUCGGCCAGCGGUGCCGAGAGAUAUUUGGCGACGACAAUGUCUUCAACGUCGGUUUCCUUACGAACAGGGGAACUGUUACUGCUGCCUAUGGAUGGGACGAACCUUCCGCCAUCCAUCGCAUGAAUCCUCCGCAUAAUACCUCCAUUGAGCACAUCUUCGACGAAUGGGCAAAGGGUGACAGUAUCAUUAUCACGCACAAGAUUGAAAAUACUCCCGAGGGCAAGGCGAAGAAACGUGAGGUCCCACGCGAGCUGACCGAAUUCCUCAAUGAACCGCGCUAUCAGCGCUUCAUCGGGGUGAUCUACCGGCGGGAUACGGAGUUACCGUCGCACUACUCGAAGUGCAGCGUUGCGGAUCAGUACGACGCUGUCGUACACAUCAAGGAGUCGCAAGGUAUCCAGCCGCUUGAGCCCGAGGAUACGUGGAAGGGCUUCGAGGGAGGCGAGGCGGACUUGACGUUCCCCUUUGGGCAGUGA